AUGAGCGACCCCGAGAGCGAGCUCAUGGCAGCGCCACAAGAACACGAUCCUCACAACCGGUCAAGCUCGACUGCUCUCCCCAGGGAUGCAGGCUUAGCAGUCACCCAAGAGCGCACCAAUUUCUUCACCCUUCCGCCUGAACUGCGAGAUCGCAUCUACGAGAUGGUGAUAGCCGAUGCAACAAGUGCGAGCUGGAGUUGCUCUGAUGCGUGCUCGGCGAUAGCCGAUGCAACUGACUCUGAUAUGAGCUUGGAAUAUGAAUGUCCUUCUCAGGGAGGAGACUGCAUCCUCCUCUACACUGGUGUCUGCUGCCGCAUACGAGGGAACGAGAGGCCGUGGGAGCAUCAAUCGGAUUGUCAGAAGCCCGGAAACAUUCGCAAUCGUCCCCAGACCAAUUACAAACUAUGCGUCCGGGCGCCCGCUGCGCUGCAUGUCUGCCGAAAGAUGCGCCAAGAAACCAUGGCGAUGUUCUACGGCGGCCGGGUUUUCCACGUAAUCACGAGCAAUCCGUGGAAGUCUUGGAUCAAGGAUUGGUUGAAGUUGAUAGGACCGGAGCGAGCAUCGAUGAUUCGAAAGGUUUAUCUCGACUACGACGGUAGUGCUAUGGAAAAUUAUCUCCGGGAAGCGAACUGUCGGAGGUAUCGCAAGAGCCAGAAGAGAGGGGAGAGAUUCAAGCCGAGCUGGGGCAAGAAAGCUUUGUUGGCUACGAUCGGUCUAAUGGGUUUGGGUGUGGCGGCUGAGAGCUUCCAGAUUGGACGGUUCGACGAGUCUGACAUGCCUCACACCUUCCCUUCCUCGUAG